AUGGGUGGUGUUACCGUUCGCGAUGUGGACGCUAUCAAUGUGGGAUCCGGGCCUGGAGACUACAACACGAGAAUUCCCACAACACUUUCUUUGGCACCGGACGCAAUGCUGCCAGAAACGAACCCGACAUAUCUGCACAUUACGCGUGACAAUGGCCCGCACUCGGGAUCUUCAAGAAAACAUGACACUAAUUUCUUGUUUCCCUCUUUACAGGCGCAGAAGUUCAUCAACGCCUAUUCGGCUUUCCUGAAGCGCCAGGGCAAGCUCCCCAUCCCCGGCUGGGUCGACACCGUCAAGACCUCUGCUUCCAACGAGCUCCCUCCCCAGGACGCUGACUGGUUCUACGUUCGUGCUGCCGCCGUCGCCCGCCACAUCUACAUGCGCAAGACCGUCGGUGUCGGCCGCCUUCGCAAGGUCCACGGCUCGACCAAGAACCGUGGUGCCCGCCCCGCCCACCACGUCGACGCCUCCGGCUCGGUCGACCGCAAGGCCCUCCAGGCCCUCGAGAAGAUCGGUGUCCUCGAGACCGAUGAGGACAAGGGUGGCCGCCGCAUCACCCAGAGCGGCCAGCGGGAUCUGGACCGAAUUGCCAAGACCACCGUCGACGAGGAGGAGUCGGAUGAAGAGUAA